AUGGCUCGAAAGGGAAGUUCAGAAUUGGUGCACAAGUAUUCCGGCUGUUCCACCCAACGAAUUGCCAGAGCAAAGGCGCGUACUCAAGACUAUGUCACAGAGGACCGGCCCAACGUGUUUGAGAGAUUUUCAUCACUGAGUAAACUAAUCAGAAUCACAGCUCUUUGCCUGAGAUUCGUGAAUAAUGCAAGGAAUCGAGGAGUUAGAGCCGUAGGUCGCAUAACCACACAAGAGCUAUUGAAUUCCAAUUUACGCCUCGUGAAAAUAGUUCAACAGACAGCAUUCAAGCAAGACCUUCACGUAUUGAAAACACAAGGAACCGUAUCACGACAAAGCAGAUUAUUGUGUUUGUCUCCGUUUAUCGACAACCUUGGCAUUAUCAGAGUGGGCGGACGCUUGCAGAGGGCAACUAUCUCAUGCGAUGCGAAACACCCAAUUCUACUACCAGCCAACCAUCCGUUCACAUGCUUAGUCAUACGACACGAGCAUCAGAGGCAGUUACACGCAGGGGCACAAGCCACAUUGGCCGCCAUUCGCAUCAGGUAUUGGCCCCUAUCAGCGAGAAAUAGCGUCAAGAGGUGCAUCAGGGAGUGCAUCAUCUGUCGCAAGGCAGAUCCGCGUGCCUGCGAAGCAAUCAUGAGUGAGUUACCCGCAUACCGAGUUACGCCAUCGAAACCAUUUGAACGAAGCGGGGUAGACUACUGUGGCCCGUUCCACAUAAGGUCCGGACAACUUCGCAACGCCAAGAUAGUAAAGGCGUAUGUCGCAGCCUUCGUCUGCCUUUCCACGAAGGCUGUUCACAUUGAACUAGUGAGCGAUUUAUCCACCGAAGCAUUUCUUAACGCUCUUAAGCGUUUUAUGGCUCGUCGAGGCAAGGUACGACAUAUCUAUUCAGAUAACGGAACGAAUUUUCAAGGAGCAUCGAACACGUUGAAGGAGCUUUAUUAUAUGCUCCUCAGUAAGGACCAUCAGGAUAAACUGAACUACCUGCUGAAGGAAGAUCUCAUCGAGUGGCAUUUCAUAUCGCUCCACGCCCCCCACUUUGGCGGCAUUUGGGAAGCUGCGGUUAAAUCCACGAAACUUCACUUAAAACGCGUCGUCGGUGACUCCGUAUUAACAUUUGAAGAAAUGUACACUGUGCUUACCCAAGUCGAGGCAGUUUUAAAUUCACGCCCGAUUACACCUUUGUCCAGCGAUCCCAAUGACCUAUCCUAUUUGACACCCGGACACUUCCUGGUCGGAGACUCUCUUACCGCUGUCCCACAACAAGAUGUCAUGUACUCGCCUACUAGUAGACUCUCACGGUGGCAACGAGUCAGCCAAAUAUUCCAGCAUUUCUGGAGGCGAUGGAGUCGCGAGUACCUGCAGCAAUUACAGCAGCGUACUAAGUGGCAGCAAUCCAAGGGGCUGCACCCGGUUAUUGGCGACAUGGUCAUGCUUCAGGAGAAUGAUUCGUUACCUCUCCAUUGGACAAUUGGACGAAUAGAAAACGUUUUUCCUGGGACGGAUGGAAUACCUAGAGUGGUCUCAGUUCGCACAGCCAAGGGAACAUACAAGAGACCGAUCACCAAAAUAUGCGUAUUACCGUUACGCAAGGAAGAUUAA